AGAGGAUGAGGAUGGAAUCUGAAAGUGGGAGGAGAAAGAGGAGACAGCUGCCGUGUGGGUGUCAAGGGGAGAGGAGGCCACUGAGGAAGAAGGCCCAGGGUGAGGGCCCUGCGGGAGCCAAGCUGGAGUUGCACCCUCUGCUGAACAGGUGGGCUCUGUGGUUCUUCAAGAAUGACCGCAGCUGGGCCUGGGAGGACAAUUUGCAUCUGGUCACCAAGUCUGACACUGUGGAGGACUUCUGGGCGAUGUACAGUCACAUCCAGUUGGCCAGUAAGCUUUCCUCCAGCUGUGACUACGCCCUGUUUAAGGAUGGCAUCGAGCCCAUGCGGGAAGAUAGCAGAAAUAAGAGAGGUGGCCGCUGGCUGGUCAGCCUCGCCAAGCAGCAGUGCCACAGUGAGCUGGACCGCCUGUGGCUGGAGACUCUGCUGCGUCUGAUUGGGGAGAGCUUUAAGGAGCACAGCCGGAAGGUGCGUGGGGCCGCCAUCAACAUCCGAGCCAAGGGGGACAAGACUGCCAUAUGGACAAGGGCGGCAGAGAACCAGGAGGGUGUGCUGCACACCGGGCGUGUCUACAAGGAGCGCCUGGGCCUCUCCACAAAGAUGGUGACUGGGUCCCAGGCCCACGCAGACACAGCCACCAAGAGCAACUCUCUUGCCAAGAACAAGUUUGUGAUGUGAGGGGCCCUUGAUGUGACUCCCCCUGAGUUAAGCGCCCCUGAGUCUCUCCCUGCUGGGUGUGUAGGGAGGUUCUGGGCUGCACUGCAGAUGUCGGGCAAGAUUGGGGGACAGAUAACCCAGCUUUCCCUUGUCCUGGAGGAAUGUGACCGCUCUGUAACAAGAGUUGGGGUCUAAGCCUAGGGCGA